CAGCUCAGCAGUGUGUGAGAAGUCGCCCGGCAAAGAUGGUCUGCAGCUAUUCGACAGCAACCAUCGUUCUAGGAUUAAUAGUCUGCUUUGCUUGCUACACAGCGGCAGUCGACAAUGGCGGUGCGCUUGGGUUUGUUGAUCUCUCCCAAAUAUCUUCCAGUCAUGUGAACACCGUCCCAGUCAACUACUAUGGCCAUCUGCAUCUCACCGAUGGUUUCAAAAUGGGCGAUUUCAAUGUGUACGACAUUUAUGUAUCAACAAAUGGUUACAUUUCCAUGGAAGACACUCCUCGGUACGACACUCUUCCCGACUUCCCUGUCGCUGAUACAGACGUGAUUGUGGCUCCUUUCGCGGACCACAUUAACACUGCCCGCACUGGCUCCGUACUCUACACCGAUUUCUUGCAGUCUUAUAACUAUUACUCUCAGUUUAACGACAUCAAAAACUUCAUACGGUCCCAUACCGGGGAUGAUUACUUUUACGGAGAUAGAAUGAUGGUGGCCGAGUGGAAGAAUGUUCCACUCUACGGUGCAUCUGACGUGAGUUUUUCGCUUGCUGCAUGUGUUUUAUAAGUGUAAAGACAGUGGCCUUCGGACACAUGACACAUGUGUAGAACAUUAGUAGCUCCCACAUUUGAGUAGCUGUAUAUAUAUACUUCG